AUAUAUAUAUUUUUUAUAAAUAUUUUUGGUUUGCGCGCUCCCUCGCUCUCUCUCUCUCUAUAAAAGUCGUUGCGGUUGGCUGGUGUAGACGGCCUUUGCCUGCGGUGGAAGGCGAGGGAAGUGAUGCCGGAAAGCGUGCAGGCUUCGCCCCAUUGUGUAGUUGCAGACUUAAUAUAUUACUUGAGUUAUGGAGCGUGCGCAUCUUUGGUCAAGUUGCUAUUGGCACAGAGUCUCUUUAUUUCAAGAAGCUCUUGACCAGUGGUUUCUUGCUUUUGGAGGCUUUCUGCUUAUAUCUUUUGUCAAUUAUACCUAGCGGCCAGCUGCUUUUCCAUGUCCAACAAGGGCAGCCUGAUGCAACUUUUGUCUGAAGUUGGUGUUGGAUCUAUGUUGCAGUCUUACAUUGCAUUCCCAACACAGCUUCUGCUCGGUGUAAAUCUGAGGUCUCAGGUGCAUGAUAUUGAAGAAAUAAUAUCUGGGGGUUAAAUCUUUGAGCUUCAACCACUAUUCACUCUCUUUCCUCUGUUUUUGGUCCUAGUCCUAGCUAGUAGGCAUUUCCUUUACUUCAAUUCCAUUCAGAUCUGACUGCAUGUUUGGUGUGUUAAUCUGCAUCAAUUUCUUCAACUACGUAAUGCAUUUGAUUUGUAAACAAGAGCUUUAAAAACAUUUAUACCAGUUAUAUGGAGAGUGCAAAGCUUCCUUGAAGCUCAUUUCCUGGAGAUGUUCAAUGCUGUCAAGAGUAAUUUUCUCCGGCCAGGAUGAGCUGCAAUAUCUUGGCUGCUACUUUUCUGAAGUGGAACAUGGUCUCAGAGCUUUAUUUUACAUGUUAAUGGAAGUAGAGGCUUUGGGUAUGUCCAUUAGAAAAAUAUCAUGGUGACAUAUAUUUCAAGCCAAAAUUGAUGGUGGAUUUGUCUUUCAAUUUGUCCAAGUUUUAUAACAAACACAGAUGUUUCCCCUGUCAAGCAUAAAAUCUUGUAGAUUCUAUGCUUUUCUUGUAAAUAGAUGUUGGUUAACUGGAAUAAGAACCAACGGGAGUGUACUUCGCUUCAACUGCUGAACAGGAUGGAACGGUACAAGUUAAUUAAGAAAGCUGGUGAUGGAACAUUUGGGAGUGUUUGGCGUGCUAUAAAUAAACAGACUGGAGAAGUUGUUGCAAUUAAGAAAAUGAAGAGGAAAUAUUAUUCGUGGGAAGAGUGCAUGAAUCUUCGGGAAGUGAAGUCUCUUCGGCGCAUGAACCAUCCAAACAUUGUGAAGCUUAAGGAAGUCAUAAGAGAAAAUGACAUUCUAUACUUGGUGUUUGAAUACAUGGAUUGCAAUCUUUACCAGCUUAUGAAAGAUAGGGGCAAGGUUUUUUCAGAGAAUGAGAUUCGGAAUUGGUCCUUCCAAAUAUUUCAAGCCCUUGCUUUUAUGCACCAGCAUGGCUAUUUUCACCGUGACCUUAAGCCUGAAAACUUGUUAGUUACAAAGGACGUCAUAAAAGUAGCUGAUUUUGGCCUUGCUCGGGAAGUUUGUUCACAGCCACCAUAUACAGAAUAUGUCUCUACUCGCUGGUAUCGAGCACCUGAAGUGUUGCUUCAGUCAUCAGUAUAUGAUUCUGCAGUUGAUAUUUGGGCAAUGGGUGCUAUCAUGGCUGAGCUAUUCACACUCCGUCCUCUUUUCCCUGGCUUAAGUGAAGUGGAUGAGAUAUACAGAAUUUGCAAGGUUAUUGGUAGUCCCAAUGAAAAUUCUUGGGCUGAAGGAUUGCAACUUGCAGGUGUCAUCAAGUAUCAGUUUCCACAGUUUUCCAGUAUCCAUCUUUCAGUGCUUAUUCCAUCAGCUAGCAAGGAAGCAAUCGACCUUAUAUCGUUGCUAUGUAACUGGGAUCCCUGCAAAAGGCCUAAAGCUGAUGAGGCCCUUCAACAUUCUUUCUUCCAGUCCUGCUUCUAUAUCGCACCAUCUGUUCGUCCAAAAGUGGCAGGAAAGCUGAGUACUCCAUCUGCUGGGGUGAGAGGAGCUUCAGAGCAGAAAAGUGCUAGAAGAUAUUCGACAGGAACUCUAUCCACAACAAAGCCUGCUAGUAACAUCUUACCAUUUAAGUCAAAUGCUUCUCUGAGGACAGGUGCACAAAGAACGCUGGAGCUGGAACAUCAUGUACUUGGCUCUCAAUUUAUUGUUGACUCAUACACAAUUACCUGGUUUUUCUAUUCUAAGUUUUUCAAGUUACAGGGGUCCGAGAAAAAUGAAAAAUCCAUGAAGAUCGACCUUAAACAAUCUCGGUAUAGACCACCAGCAAGAAACAACCCAGGAGUUUUGGGAAGAAACUCUCACAGGGUAGCUGACAUGCCCGGAAAGACUGCACUUGGGGCAGUGACCUCUACUAGGGUUUCAAACGUGGCUGAGAAGCUGGGAAAGGUGUCACUGAGCUCUGGUCCAUGGCAUAAUGGAAAGCUACCACCCCCAUGUCGAUAAGGGCUGGGCUGUGGCACAGCCAGGUUGACCUUGCAUGGUCGCAUGAACUACCCGCAGGUAGAGGAUUUUCUCGGUGGCCGAAAGGAAGUCCUUGUAGGGGUUGCCGGGGGAUUGUGCUAAUAUCAUGGGUCUCUGAAGGUUGCUGCACGAGGUGUCUGGUAUUUUCUGGGUGCUGGUUUGGUGUGACGAACUGCUGUUUCUACAAUUUAGUUUGCUGAAUUAAUUCUUCGAUCUCAUCUUUUAUGAUGUUUAGCAUUUGAAUCACGGUGUGGGAUAAUACUAAUGCUGAGUUCAGAUUGCCCUCCGAGCCGGCUUGAUUCAGCUGGA